GAUCAUCAUUGAUUUUUCUCAGCAAAAAUAAAAAAUAAGAAAAUGGCAGCAAAAAUUGAGUUGAAUGAUUUAAGUGAACAACCAACAUCUAAAGCAAGAGGGGUUCGUUGUAAAUACUCUGCAAUACAAAAUAGUAUUUGUGAGGGAAAAGAUGAUAUUGGUAGUGUUGAUUCUGAGAAGUUCAAAGAUAUAAUGAAACAAAUUGAAAAUUCUCAUAAUGAAGUCAAAAAGCCAAGAGAGCAAGUUGCAGAUGCAGAGGCAUUGUUUGAUCUCACCAGAACUUUGGUGGCUUCUGUUAGAUCGCAUUCGGUUGAUGGUAUUACACCUUAUAUGUUCAUUUCCUCUUUGCUCGGAGUCUUUGGGGAACGAAGUGAAAAACGUGGAAAAGGACUCUCUGUGAAUGCAAAUACAUUACGCUGGAAGAAAAUUGGGCGUUCUGUUUCACCUAUUUUUAGGAAUGGCAGCGGUUGCAGCACUAUGAUUGGACCUAUGAACUGUGAAGUUAAGCAACCUCGGAAGUAUACACGUAAACCACGCACAAAGUUGUACUUGCGUGCUCAACCAAAGGAGCUUGAUGUAACUGAGGAGAAAAAGGAUACGGACAAGAACAUAUCAACCAUGUUUCAGAUCCUAAGGAAGAAGCAGAGAGUUAAGCUUGAGAAUCUCAUACUGAACAGAAAAUCCUUCGCGCAAAGCAUUGAGAAUAUAUUCGCGCUGUCUUUUCUAGUGAAAGAUGGACGGGUUGUCAUAGAUGUGGAUGAAAAUGGAUCUCACUUUCUUUCUCCAAGGAAUGGUCCUGAUGCCCAAUUAGUUAAGUCUGGUGAAGUUAAAUACAGCCACUUUGUCUUCAGAUUGGAUUUUGCUGAUUGGGAGCUGAUGAAGAAUGCGGUACCAGAAGGAGAAGAGCUGAUGCCAAACAGGGACAUAACGGCGAGUCCAGUCUUUGCUGAAGCUACUAAACCACACAGGGACAUAUCAGUGAAUCCAGUCUUUACUGAAGCUAAUGCACCAGUUUCAGUGGAUGAUGCUCGACGAAUAUUACAUAUCACUUGGGUAAAGAAACUGUCAAGGAACCGUGGCAAGGUUUUACACGAGGCUUCAGACGUCGAUAACUCCCCUGAAACUGAUGAUGCCAGUAUUGGCAAAAAGAGGAAGUUGCUGUGAGAUGUAGAAAUGUCUGUAUAUUCCAAGUAGGCUAUUUUGGUGUACAUAAGAAAUUGCAGACCUUCUAACUGUCUUAGGAUCAAUUGUUGC